UGGCUCCUGUAAUUUUAUGUGCUUCCACCUUAAGAUAAAACCCAAGAAGAAACUGUGGAAGAACUGUCAAACACUGUCAAAUAACCUGUACAUUUUAUAUAUUUUGAGAAAACGAGAAAUGUUCAGCGCGGGAAGAAGUUGUCUUUUACGACUCACGAGAAAUGUUAAAAAUUUGCAUUUAGACAACCAGAAGUCCGUACCUUCAAAGCCUGAGCUUAAAACUUUCCCAAUUUUCCAAUAUCCAAUAAGUCAAGAGGACGACCGCAGAGUGUACGUGUGGGGUCUUGCGGAACACGGUGCUCUUGGUGAACUAAGGGCAUUGAGAAAGAAUAACGUUUCGUAUCUUUCAAAACCAAAAAGAUUGUCCUUUGCCGAGCGAUAUAAGGUAACAGAUAUUGCUUGUGGAUAUGGCUUUACAGCUUACGCUGUGCAUUCUUCGGAUAAGAAUAUUGUUUAUGGGACUGGCAUAAACACAGAUUCACAACUUGGUCAUAACCUUGAUGAGAAAAUUCCUAAUAUGGUAUUUAUUCCAAAGCCGAUAACCUUGCCGUUGCAAGAUAUCUCGACUAAAGUUAUAGGUAUGGCUGCUGGAAGAGCACACUUAUUAAUAUUGACGACAGAAGGUUUAUUUACAUUGGGUAAUAAUGCAUAUGGCCAAUGUGGCAGACCAAUUAUAUUGAGUGAAAAUUAUGAGAAAAGUAUGGUUGUGCAUUGUAUACCUGAUGUUAAAAGGAACAAAAUUAUUGCAGUAACAGCUGGUCAAGAUCAUAGCAUACUCUUGACAGAGACAGGUGAAGUAUAUACAUUUGGCUGGGGUGCUGAUGGACAAACAGGUCUUGCACACUAUCAAAAUGAACAUCGACCGAGUUUAGUCAAGGGUGACCUAGCAGGACAACGUAUAAUCAAAGUUGCUUGUGCCGCUGAUUGUGUAUUAGCUCUUAGUGAUAAAGGAAAAGUGUAUGGUUGGGGUAAUUCAGAGUAUGGUCAAUUACCAGUCAGAGAAAAUAGUUACCAAAUAAACAUUGCUACAGAAUUAGAUACACAGGAAUUAGGACACAUUAUAGACAUUGCGGCAGGUGGAAGUUUUUGCAUGGUCUUAAACAAUGAUGGUAAUGUCUAUGUAUGGGGAUAUGGUAUACUCGGUCUUGGACCUCAAGUGCAGAAAGUAUUAAAACCAACUAUAAUUCCUCCUACAUUGUUUGGCAAUAAUAUAUAUAAUCGUACUGUCAAGGUAACAAAUGUAUAUUGUGGGAUUAGUCAAUUGGCAGCGCUAACUAAUUCAGGAGAUUUGUACAUGUGGGGUUGCAAUAAAUUUGGAUCUUUGGGAUUAGGACAUGUAAAAGAUCAAUUUUUUCCUUUAAGGGUUGCAGUGGGGGCUCAAGUGAGAAAGGUUGCCUGUGGAGUGGACCAUACAGUAACUCUCUGUAAACCUUUUAUUUAAAAGAACAAUACCGUUUAUUUGUUAUCGAUUUAUUUAUGCAAGCAGUUUCACAA